GAUCAAGCUACUAACUAUAUCAAAUAUCAUGAUAUUGGUAUAAAUCUUCAUGAAAGAUUAUACAAAUUUCUGGUCGAUUUUGCCAAGCUACAAAAGGAAGCAUUUAUUGCACAAAAGCGAUUAUGUGAAAAACAUUUGUCUGAUGCACAGAAGUAUUUUGGUGUUUCUAAUAGCUAUGUUUCAUUUUUUAAUGAACUUGUUCAAAUUGUUCAGCAUAUCGUAGAUGCUGAAAACUUAAUUUCAUGCUCCUUCGAAAUACACGCUGGUAGCGAAGGUAAAUCGAUUAUUGAAGAUGAAAGAAGACAAUUGAAACGAUGGAAAAAUGAAAGAUCAAAAUUAUCAAAUGAACUAAAAUCUCAAACACGUAUUAUCGAUGAUGAAAUUAAACGAUAUCGAGAUAAAUAUCGUGAUAUGAUCAAGGCUAAAGAAGACUAUGAACGCAUCAACGCUGAUCAGAGUCAUUCACAAUUUGAUGUCGAAAAGGCUUUAAAUUAUGCACGAUUGAAAGAGAUUGAUUUUGAGAGAGCACGAAAAGAUUAUUCUGCUGCUUUGAACCAAUUUAAUUUAUACCGUCAAGAUUAUUACUUUCGUUGUUUACCAUCAUGGGCACAAGUUGGCAAAAGUUUAGAAGUUGAAAGAUAUGCACGUACCCAAUCUUUAAUCAAUAUAUUAUAUGAACGGUUACGAGUGGCAGUUGAUCGUAUGAACAAUGUAUGCGAUGAAUUCAAAUCAGUGUGUACACAUCUUAAUUCAGAUCAAGAUUCUAAAGAAAUUAUAGAAUAUUUACAAAGUAAUAAUCCACCGCCUGGGGAUAUUGCUUUUGUGGAUCUAUAUUCAUCUGCAGUGAAUAAUAGUACUAUACCAUCAACCGUUAAACAGUCAACAUAUGCAAAACCACAAAGAACUAAUUCAAGUGAACCAAUUUAUUCAUCGGGUAGUGUUGUUCUUCCAUCGAAUUUUCACUGUUCCGUAUGGGCAGCAGAUAAUGCAGCGUUGGAAUCGAGUAAACAAUGUGGUGGUAACAAUAAUAAUGAUAAUAAUAAUAAUUAUGUACCAUCAUCUUUCACUUCCAUUGGAGACUCAAUCUAUGGUGAAUCCGGUUCCAUAUACUCUGCAUCUUAUGCUUCAACAACAUCAACUAAUGGUUUACACAAUGAUGGAGUCGGCGUUGGUAGUAACUGUAGCCGUCGUCCAAGUGUUAGUGAUAAUCAUAGUGCGUCAAAUCUACGCAAUCCUUCUAUGCCUAUAAAUGGUGCAGGGUUUUUGCGGAGAAUUUUUUCACGACGUAGUAGG